AUGUCUGAGUUCCCUCCCCCUGAGGUGCAACGGCUUGUCGGCGCCAUUGCCGCCAUCCUCAGACGACGAGGCGAGACGCUUGCCGUCAGCGAAGCUGCCUGUGGUGGUUUGUUAUCGGCAUACUUGGUCUCGGUCCCGGGAGCGCUGGACUUCUAUAUUGGUGGUAAGCUUCUUUACCUGUUGAAACAACGGCUAAAGCUUAGUGGCUGGACUCAAGAUGAUAUUAAUAACUUUAUGGGCCCCUCCCAGCUGGUGGCGCUCAAAUUGGCCCGCACUACCAAGUACGAAUUGGGACUGACUUACGUCCUUUCGGAAACGGGGUUUGCCGGUCCCGGUACCGAUCUCCAUUUAGGCAGUGAUCUGACACAGCCGGAGGCGACCGAACGGACCGUAGGGACGGUCUAUUUAGGGUGGUGUGGUCCUCAAGUCCAGAGCCUGGCCCAGUUCUCGACGGGGUUAUCGCUGAGACUGGAAAACAUGACUGAAUUUGCUAAAUUGGGGUUGCAGUUUUUGCUUGAACAAUUACAAGCAAUUGAGGAAAAGGAGGGGAAGGAUGACGACAAAGAAGAUGACAAGAAUGAGAAGGACUCCAAGAAGGAUGAGAAGGAGGCAUAG